AUGGGUUCCCAGGAGUACACUGACUUAUGCCGCGACAUUCGUCGCCACCUCUUGGACAAUCUGGAGAGGAAGAACUCGGACAAGUUUCGAUUCGCCACUCGGGAUACAGCAGCCAAUGUGCUGGAAUCUCACUACCUUCGACUGUUUUUUCAAAGCAUCAACGACGGCCAGUUCUCGAUCUCAGAAGACGAGUUUACUCGGAAUAUUAAAAAAAGACGCCUACAUAAUUUCAUAGCUAUCAUUGCAUUUGGCGGCUGCAGUAUCGAUGCUGCCAGAGUUUUCACGACCAAGCUGGCUACUACAGACAUUUGGUCUGUCAAGCAAUCGCAGCCGCAUAUCAAGGAUGCUGCUUCUCUCCCAGCGGAUCGCGAAAGUCUACGAGAAUUUUUCAUGGGAUGCGAUUCAAAUGAUGCAGAUGUCUUCUUUGGUUCGCAGGCAAUAUUUUGCACCGUUGUGCUCAGUCAAAGAGAAGAAGUCAUCGUUCAUGACUCCGAGACCCAGCGACUUCCCUACUUGGAGGAGAAGCUACUAGGUUCAGGAUCGUUCGGGAAAGUCUACAUGGUCAAGAUCGCCCGAGGUCAUAUUGAGGAUCACCAUACCGAUGAGAUCUCAAAUAAGCCACGAAGGGUGGCGCGUAAGGAUUACAUCGUUCAGUCGCCCAGCGACAUGAGUUCUCAAGAUGAGGGCAACGUCAUGAAGAUGAUCCUCAGCGCCUCAAAGACCUGUGAGAACAUUCUGGAGAAUCUUGGCUCUCUACGCGUCGAAUCGCCCCUAGGAGCCGACCAUCCGCCGACAUACAGUCUGUUCAUGCCGCUGGCAAUAUGCGACCUUGGCGCCUACAUGAAAAAAGACAUAUCAACUUCCAUCAAGACACCAAAAGUCAGGGCAAGUCUGAUUCGCUCCGCCAUGGGGCUUGCUACAGGCCUUAACUUUCUCCACCAUGAAUUGCAAACCUCGGAUCUCGAAGAUGUUGUCUGCUAUCACAUGGACUUAAAGCCCAGCAACAUUCUUGUGUUUCCAGCCGAAGAUCGAGAGCAUCGACAAAUUUGGAAGCUGAGCGACUUUGGCAUGUCGCGGGUGAAGAUCCGGCGGAGAAAUCAUGCUGAACCCGAAGAGCGAGACUUUAGCGUAUGGUUCAGACCAAGACCACAGUUGCAUGAAGAUGCUCCAUCGGGAACACGGAAUAGGAGAGGACAAGGAACUUACUUACCUCGAGAGUCCUUCCUCACUGGAAAAGUGAUGAACACUAAGAGCGAUGUCUGGUCUCUUGGCUGCGUACUAAGCGUUCUCUUUGCUUAUCUUGAAGGUGGCGCAGAUAGCGUCACUCAGUACACAAUUGACCGACUGAAAGAUCGUAAAGGGUCGGAUGAUGGAUUCGAUGGAUUCUUCUGGGAGAAGUCGUUUGGAAAGUUUGCGCUCCACCAUGCAGUCGUAGACUGGCACCACCAGCUUACCAAUAAAGCCGGCACACGAAGCUCACGAGAGAAAAAGCUGGUUCACACAAUCCUCAGCUUCCUUGAGCAUAAAGCUCUCAAUCUCGACCAGGAUAAGAGAUGUACGGCAAAAGACGUCGAAAACGCUCUGAAAGAAGCGAUGGAUGCAUAUCGUCACCUUGAAAGCUCUCCCAUUCCUGAAGAGCCCAAGAAACCAAGGAAACUUUCAAUAAUAGAGAGAAUCCGGAGUAAAUCACCCGAGGCGAGACCUACAGGCGAUCGUUCAAUUCAGCAGUGGCGUCUAGCUCAGGACGCCUACGACACAAUGAAAAGCUGCAAGAUCUCGCCCAAUGGGACUAUGCUGGUUUACUGGAGUGAUUACCGGCUGGUACUUUUUACUUCCCUUUCUGCCCCACCUGAGGGUGAGGAGAUGUUGAGUCCAGCGGGAAGAUUCUCCCUUGGAGGGUCCGCUUUCUUUUGGAAAGCGGUGGCUUUGACUGAGAGAUACUUGAUUGCCACGACUACCGGCGGCACAUUCAACUGUUACAUAUUUGACCUUGAAGCAGGAGAGUCUGUCAAUGCAGAUUUGAACACAUGUUAUCAUGUGUCGCUACCGUAUCCCGAAGUCAACAACUUGGCCAUUUCGGCAGAUCAUCAAGUAAUCAUUUGUACACUUCAGAACAUGGAGAAUGAGAGGCUUCCAGGAUCUCUAUUUCAAGCACGGAUCUUAGAUCUGGUAGAUUCUGGACAGAAAGUCGACCCCGAAAGUGCGAGUUGGGAUUCAAACAGGGCCAACACGCCUCUGAAUUUUCAACCGCCGUUAAAACUAAGCUGGCCGGCUGAAGAUAUCAUCAGCAUAUCACUCCGCAAUCAAACCGAUGGAUACAUGGUGGCACGGCCCGAGCUGACGAAGCACGACAUACACAAAGUGUCCAUCGUCCACUUCUCUUUCAAGACUAAGAGUAUUAAUAGAGUCGAUCUAAUACCGCAAGGGCUCGACAGCAACACGGCUCCUCUAUUCACGGCCCUCUCCGAACUUCACAGCGAAACAUCUUGUGUAGUCGUCUCUCGAGAAAGACAUCUGUACAGGCUUGAUUUCCCCAAUGCUCUGGGCAGAGACAGGCCAAGCCAACUGCACAAGAUCAUUGACAAAUAUCGCAUUCUGAAGAUCAUGGUAAACCAGAAGGACGACAAGCUCCUAGCUUUCGGAACAAAACGAGCGAGCCACAGAAUCAUUCUACUGGAGAUCAGCUAG